GUGUCAGUCACUCAGUGGACGAGUGUCGUCGUGAUCAGUCUCGGUCCGGAGGGCAAAGGUCGGGCAGACGGCAGAGCUCGGGGCAAGGGAAGAACGAUAUAAAGAGCAUGAAACGCCACCAGAUUUACAUUCCUCUCCUCUCUCCCUCUCUCUGUCUCCUCCUCCCUCUUUCUCUCUCUGAUCUGUUGUUCGGCGCGCGGCGCUCCACCGUCGCUCGAUCCUCGCCGGGACACGGCCCUCGAUCCAUUGCCGCCCUGCUCGUGCUCGCUCGAUCUGUCGUUCGGUUGUCGUCGGGAGAAGAUGCAGAUCUUCGUGAAGACUCUGACAGGGAAGACGAUCACUUUGGAGGUCGAGAGUUCCGAUACCAUCGACAACGUCAAGAGCAAAAUCCAGGACAAGGAGGGCAUCCCCCCUGACCAGCAGCGGUUGAUUUUCGCCGGCAAGCAACUCGAGGAUGGUCGCAGUUUGGCCGACUACAAUAUCCAGAAGGAGAGCACUCUGCAUUUGGUUCUGAGACUGCGUGGAGGGAUGCAGAUCUUCGUCAAGACCCUCACGGGGAAGACCAUCACUCUUGAGGUCGAAAGCUCUGAUACGAUCGACAAUGUGAAGACGAAAAUUCAAGAUAAGGAGGGCAUUCCCCCUGACCAGCAGCGGUUGAUUUUCGCCGGUAAACAACUCGAAGACGGUCGCACGCUGGCCGACUACAACAUCCAAAAAGAGUCCACUUUGCAUCUUGUGUUGAGGCUGCGAGGAGGUAUGCAAAUUUUCGUUAAAACUCUGACGGGGAAAACCAUUACCCUCGAGGUCGAGAGUUCUGACACCAUCGACAAUGUCAAGACUAAGAUCCAGGAUAAGGAGGGAAUCCCCCCAGAUCAGCAGAGGUUGAUCUUCGCCGGCAAACAACUAGAGGACGGCCGGACGCUGGCCGACUACAACAUUCAGAAAGAGUCCACGCUUCAUCUUGUUCUGAGAUUGAGGGGAGGCAUGCAGAUCUUCGUGAAGACGCUCACGGGGAAAACCAUCACGUUGGAGGUCGAAAGCUCUGACACAAUUGACAACGUGAAAACCAAAAUUCAGGACAAGGAGGGAAUCCCUCCAGAUCAGCAGAGGUUGAUCUUUGCAGGCAAGCAGUUGGAAGAUGGUCGUACCCUCGCGGACUACAACAUCCAAAAAGAGUCGACUCUGCAUCUUGUGCUGAGGUUGAGGGGAGGCAUGCAGAUAUUUGUGAAGACGCUUACAGGAAAGACCAUCACCUUGGAGGUCGAAAGCUCCGACACCAUCGACAACGUCAAAACCAAGAUCCAAGAUAAGGAGGGUAUUCCUCCAGACCAACAGAGAUUGAUCUUUGCAGGUAAGCAGUUGGAGGACGGCCGAACGCUGGCCGAUUAUAAUAUACAGAAGGAGUCUACUCUCCAUCUCGUCUUGAGAUUGAGGGGAGGUAUGCAGAUUUUCGUCAAGACUCUUACAGGGAAGACUAUCACCCUGGAGGUUGAAAGCUCCGAUACUAUCGACAACGUGAAGACUAAGAUCCAAGAUAAGGAAGGAAUUCCACCAGAUCAGCAGCGGUUGAUUUUUGCCGGUAAGCAGUUGGAGGACGGCCGAACGCUGGCUGACUACAACAUCCAAAAGGAGUCCACUCUCCAUCUGGUGUUGAGAUUGAGGGGAGGUAUGCAGAUUUUCGUCAAAACCUUGACUGGCAAGACGAUUACUUUGGAAGUUGAAAGUUCCGACACCAUCGACAAUGUGAAGACCAAAAUCCAAGAUAAGGAAGGAAUUCCACCAGACCAGCAGCGGUUGAUUUUUGCUGGUAAGCAGUUGGAGGACGGCCGCACGCUCGCCGACUACAACAUCCAAAAGGAGUCCACCCUCCACCUGGUGUUGAGACUGAGGGGAGGUAUGCAGAUUUUCGUCAAAACCUUGACUGGCAAGACGAUUACUUUGGAGGUUGAGAGUUCCGACACUAUUGACAAUGUGAAGACCAAAAUCCAAGACAAGGAAGGAAUUCCACCAGACCAGCAGCGGUUGAUUUUUGCUGGUAAGCAGUUGGAGGACGGCCGCACGCUCGCCGACUACAACAUCCAAAAGGAGUCCACCCUCCACCUGGUGUUGAGACUGAGGGGAGGUAUGCAGAUUUUCGUCAAAACCUUGACUGGCAAGACGAUUACUUUGGAGGUUGAGAGUUCCGACACCAUUGACAAUGUGAAAACCAAAAUUCAAGACAAGGAGGGAAUUCCUCCAGACCAGCAGAGAUUGAUUUUUGCCGGGAAACAGCUUGAAGAUGGUCGGACACUCGCCGAUUACAACAUCCAAAAGGAAUCUACCUUGCAUUUGGUCCUGAGGCUGAGAGGAGGUAUGCAAAUCUUCGUUAAAACCCUCACCGGCAAGACCAUAACUCUUGAGGUGGAGAGCUCUGACACGAUUGAUAACGUGAAAACGAAGAUUCAGGACAAGGAAGGCAUCCCUCCAGAUCAGCAGAGGUUGAUUUUUGCUGGAAAGCAACUUGAGGAUGGGAGGACGUUGGCCGACUACAACAUCCAAAAGGAAUCUACCCUCCAUUUGGUUUUGAGGCUGAGAGGUGGUAUGCAGAUUUUUGUGAAGACAUUGACCGGUAAGACCAUCACUCUUGAGGUGGAGAGCUCUGACACGAUUGACAACGUGAAAACGAAGAUUCAGGACAAGGAAGGCAUCCCUCCAGAUCAGCAGAGGUUGAUUUUUGCAGGAAAGCAACUUGAGGACGGUCGUACCUUGGCCGACUACAACAUUCAAAAGGAGUCUACCCUCCAUUUGGUCUUGAGGCUGAGGGGAGGAAUGCAGAUUUUCGUGAAGACCUUGACAGGUAAGACCAUUACUCUUGAGGUUGAGAGCUCAGAUACUAUCGACAACGUGAAGACGAAGAUUCAAGACAAGGAGGGAAUCCCCCCAGACCAGCAGAGGUUGAUUUUCGCAGGAAAGCAACUCGAGGAUGGAAGAACUCUAGCGGAUUAUAAUAUCCAAAAGGAAUCUACUUUGCACUUGGUGCUCCGUCUUCGUGGUGGCCAGUAAAUUCUUACAUUCACAUGGAUCUUUUGUUAGAUCAAUCGUUGUACAAAUGUGCACUAUUUUCUCGGAGUAGCUCUUAAGUAGGAAAUGAUGUAACGCAGCAGUUGAGGAUCGGUUUCAGAUCCUCAUGAUUACAGACGAAAUACAACCUCGACUAUCUGU